CUGCGUGACUCCAUGGUGGAGACUUUGAACACGCAGAUGACCAACGUGGACCGGAAGGUGGAGAGACUGGAAACGAGCCUGACCAACCGGAGGAGAUCAUCCUUUGCGCACGGUGCGGUCCCGCUACAGCAGCCCCGGAAAGACUCUGCUUGUCCGGCACCUCCGACGUUGCCGACCACACACGGACCUUUCCAUGUGUCUCCACCUACACCCUCACCGCUACCGCCUCUCUCUGGUAGACUGCCCCCGAUAUCUGCCGGUCCGACCAACGUGGUGUCUCUUCCCCCCAUACCUACAUCUCCAGUCACAGGCACGUCCGGCGGGGCACCAGUCCUCCCAGAGGACCAGGCCAUUGAAUCCAUACUGAAGCACCUGGAGCAGUUGGAGCAACGCUCGAAGAUCUUCUUUGACAAUGUAAUGGAAGAGACGGCUGCCAUCCGGCUCCUGACCGUCUCGGCGAUGGGUCGGAGGGGCUCCAAGUCCCGCCGAGAGAAGGACGGCCUGCCCCAGGUCAGUCUACCGUCACUGGUGGAGGAGGCAGAAGACAGCUAGGCACCAGCACGGGCACUGGCAACAGCAUUCGUUGCUUGAAAACCACUGAACAUAUUUUUUUCACGGUAUAGUUAGUGUUUAAUAACAUCACAUUGUUAUAGGUGUUCGGUGCCAUGAUAGGUGUCGUUUAAACCUUAUAAAGAUCAUAACGGAAGAGGUACGUUUAUAAACCAUAGUAUGUCCAUAACUUGCAUGUCUUGUCCUUGGUACUGAAACUACUUUACAUAACAUUUUUGAAGAAAAAUUGAACCCGUUGACAGAUAUAUCGUAGACCCAGU